AUGGGAAAUUGCUUGGCAAAUCCAACUCUUAUUGCAGAAGACGGAAAGCCAGAACCUUCAAAGAAAGCAAAAACAACAUCCCGAGUUGUUAGCAUAACUAAUCUUUCGAAGCUGAAUGCGCGUAAUGAAGGCAUAAGCACUUUGGAAAAUUUCAGUGAAUUCAAAGGCAAAACAGUGAGGAUCCGAGUUUUGUUGACUCAAAGAGAGUUGAGCCAGCUUUUGAAUGGAGAAUUACAGAAAUCUUCUUCUUCUUCGUCGUCCCACCAAUUGCUCAACGCACUGCAACUAAAAGGUAGAAGAAUUGCAGAAGCUGGAUUGCAGGAUUGGAGGCCAGAUUUGGAAACCAUUCCUGAGGAUUAUUAA